AACACACUAAACAAUGAGCUCAGUCGCCAACAGUCUUAAACUUUACACAUGCACCACGCCAAACGGGUACAAGGUGUCCAUUCUCUUGGAACUCUUAGGCCUUAAGUACGACUUCCAGUACAUUAACAUCCGCGAGAAUGAACAGAAGCAGGAAUGGUUCCUCAAGUUGAAUCCGAAUGGGCGUAUUCCAACCUUGGUUGACUCCACCGCCGAUGGUGACAUUAUCAUCAGCGAGACCGCUGCGAUCAUGCAAUACCUUGUGGACAAGUAUGAUACCAAGCAUAAGCUCUCUUACCCGGUUGGUACUAAGGAGUACUACUUGCAAUUGGAGACUUUGUACUUCCAGAUGGCCGGAUUGGGACCAAUGCAGGGCCAGGCCAACCACUUUGUGAGGUUUGCUCCGGAAAAGAUUCCAUACGGUAUCACUCGUUACACUGAGGAAACCAAGAGAUUGUAUUCGGUGUUAGAGGAGUACCUCGCCAGGAAUUCCAAGAACGGAUCUCUUUACUUGGUUGGUGACCACUACAGUAUCUCGGAUAUCGCCGUCUUCCCAUGGGCUUCUGGUUUGCGGUUCCUCGAAAUUGAUGUUGCCGAGUAUCCGUUAGUUUCUAAGUGGUACCAGACCCUUGCGGCCUUGCCGGAGGUGCAAAAGGGGUUGACGAUUCCUAAGCCUUCUCCGUUCUAGGGUUUGGAUUAAUAAACAUUUAUUUUAAUAUCAGAGGUGAGGGGGGAGUUCUACUCAUCUAGUUUAAACUGGCGUAGAGCAAAUUUUCUGGGUUCAGAGGUGUUUUAAAAGCCUUCUAAAAUAAGUUACGAGCAUUAAUAAGCAUAUAUUCUCAAUAUCUGUAAAGGGGUUUUAUUAUGUCAAUAUUAUCCAGCUAAUGUUAUUUAGAAAUGAGGGUUCGUAGGCCCAGUUUGCUGUCGAUGGAAGGGGUUUGAAAGCUGACCACGUGCACACCCAAUUAUUCAUAUUGCGGAUUCUAUGCUCGAGUGUUUCGGAAAUUUUAUCCCGAUAAGGACCGUUGGACUUGGGUUACUGGAGUACUGAUUAGUAAGGUUGAGAAUGCCAGUACAUGAUUUUCGAGGCAACCUUGUCGCGUACUUCAAUGCAGGUUAAUGAUUAAGCGAUAGUCACCCCAGAGGCUGAAAACUUUGUAUUUUUCCAAUACCCC